AUGGCGAAUCCUCGACAACGUCGCAAAAUGCGCUCUGGAAAGUACUCAGGUGCAACAAAGAGUGCGAAGCGCGCCCAACAAAAGAGAUUGAAGCGAGCUCCAACUGUGAUGGGACCUGAUGUGUUGCGAGAAAACUGGGACUCAAAAUUGACUGUGCGCCAAAACUACGCAAAAUUGGGGCUCCUCCCGACGCUCUCUAAACAGUCUGGUGGACUGGAUAGAAAUGAUCCUUACGCCAGUGUCUCGACGAGCUCUGCAUCUGGUAUAGCGAACAAUGAGCGUGUGGUUGACAAGCCACGGAAAGGCAUGGCACGUGUCAUCCGUGAUGACGACGGUCGUGUAGUGGACAUUGUUGAAUAUGAGGAUGAAACUGGAAAACACUCGAUGACGCCAUGGGGCGAGCAGUUAAAUGCCGAUGAUGAUGUACCCGUGUCAUCGGAGGGUGCAUUACUCCCCCCUCGUCUCAAUCAAGGUCGGGACAGCGAUACAGUCCAGCAUCUCAUUAGUGUGCACGGAUCUGACGUGCACGCGAUGGCGCGUGAUAAACGACGAAAUGUCUGGCAAAAAACACCUGGCGAGAUCCGCCGUGCGUAUGUAUUGAUCAAUCGUGUUGAAAUUCUUACAAACCAACAGGAUCCGCAAGGCAAAACUGAGUGA